AUGGAAGCUGGAAAGCAGGUCGACUGUGUAAUGAUGGACUUCUCAAAAGCUUUUAACAAGCUCGUGAGCGAAGACCGCAGUGGCAGUUGCGCAGUCAAUCUGGCCGCAGCGGAGAGCCGGCUGUCGGCGGCCGAGACACCCGAGCCGGAGAGGUUGGCCGCCGAGGAGGAGCUGGCGGCGGCGCAUCGGUACCGCACCAUCGCCGACAGCGUUGACCGCACCAUCGCCGACAGCGGCGAUAAUUAUUGUACCAUCGCCGACAGCGUCGAGCGCAGCCUUGCCGAGCUGAACGAGGCAAGCCGCACGCUGCUGGAGGAGGUGAGGAACGCUGUAGAGCGUCACAGGUGUCUGGAGACGCGGCCGAAGCAGCUGUCGCAGCAGCAGAGCAGCAAGCCGUCGGCGAGCACCAGCACCAACGAUAGGACCAGCUCGGCCUCAGAACCUCCAACUGCUAAUAUAAUGCCAAUCGCGACGCCAGCUGCUGCCCAAAAGCAUGCCGCAGCAGUGACGUCUGUGUCAUCGGGCUCCUCCUCCAAGGCAGCCACGCCAAAUGCCAGUAUCCGACCAAUGGCAAUCAGCAGUCAGCAGACGCCUACUGCAACGGUGAUGCCAACACCGUCGUCUGUUGAAUUCCACAAAGAGCAGAUAACUGGCUCAGAGCAAAAUGCUGGAAAACGGCCAAGAGAAGCUGCUUCAGAGGCGAUACCAAUGAAACGAGUAAGGGCUGAGGUGAGGGCUGAGGUGCUCUCCGAUGCGGGAGACGUGCACGCGACUGCUGAAGCUAUAGUGGAGGAACCCGCGGAAGAAGGUGAAGGAGGGGAGCGUUCCGAAGACGACGUUGUUCAGCAGACCGGUGACGAGGUUGAGUUGGAAGGAGACCGGCAGGAUGAGCGCGAAGGAGACAUCGACGGCCAGUCACAGGCACAGCCCGGUGAUGGAGGAGAGAAGAGGCCCGCACAGAGGAAGCGCCUCAUGUGGACUGAGCCAAGCGAGCUCGCAGCAUCCGCAGCGUCUGCGCAGCCCCCAGCGAUCCCACUAUUGACGCAGCCAUUGCCCGUUCAACUGGGAAAGCCCCGUGGUGGCAUGCCGUUAGGGCGUGGCACAGCUCAGUCGCAAAGGGUAAUGCCAAGUCAGCAGCAAUUGGCACAACAAAUGGGAAUGCUACAAUUUAGAAUGAUGCAACAGGUGCAACAAUUUAGGCAGCAGCCGGUGUACCGGUUAAGGCCCAUGCUGUAGAGAGGUAUAUAUCUCUAGUCUCUAGGUCUCAGGGAAGAGAUAGUGAUCCACUAGAUGGCGCAUUAUUAGUUUAAAUAAGUUGUGGAUGUAGAAAUCAGUUAACUCUAACCCUAACCCUAAC